CAGGAAUGAGGGUUGUGAGAACCGCAAUCAACACGUAUUGCCAGUGUCCACGUUGAUCUUUCGCAAUCUUUGCAUUGAAUGACGUUUAUCUGGAACGGAUUAGAUUUUAGUGAUACAUUCACAACACGUGUUGGCAAUCAUCACCCAGAAUGUCGCCUAUAUAUACCACACCGUGUUCCGUGAUUCCAUCAGGUAAGGAGUCGUUUCCGAUUUACUCGUCUGUGCAUUUCAUGGUAGCUUACUCGGGAGUUUAAUUUGUCUAAACGCAUUUUGUCCAUUAUUGCAUAUCGCUACGUAGUUUUUUUUGAAGAUGGAGAAGAUUGUCCUGCCAUUAUGCAUUUUAUGGGUGAUGGCUUCAAAGGGAAUAGCAGCAUUGCCACCGCCCGUGAGUGCACUCGAAGGCGAGAACGGGACGUGCCAAUGCACGGUCAUUUUGCCUGACACCACAUUCCCAGCCGACAGAGUCGAGUCGCUGCAGCUGACAUCGGAAAGGUUGACUGUGCGCGUGGAACAACAGGUCCAGAAGCUGCACUAUCUGGAGGUGGCCGUGUCAGCGUACGGAGCGAAAAUCGUCAACUUGACUCAGAAGCUCGACCGCCUGCUGCUGGGCGACAUCUCCAUCACGGAGCUCGACUUUGAAAUCCUGCGAGCGGAGAUCAAGGAGAUGGAGAUACUCAUCCUUGAGCUGAAGUCGGAAAUCGUCGUUUCCAACCCCAUACUAGAGGUUCUUCUUAUAGAGGUGGCCAAUGUGACCGUGAUGGUGAACGCGCUUGAAAGCCUCGACCAGAACAACGUCUUGGAGAUCCGACGGCAGGUCGCAGAGUUGAAAAGGCGUCUGCAGGCGUGCCAGUCCCAGUAUCACAACUCCACGGGUCCCGAGCCUUCAUACGGGAGCUGCGAGCGUGGCGAUCUCGUCGGCGUCGGCCAGCCGCUGCUGCACCAGCUCAACUGGCGCGGUUUCCCCUACAAAUACGGCGCCUGGGGCAAAGACGGUGACCCUCCUGCCGGCAAAGAGGAGUCCUACUGGGUGGCACCGCUCAACACGGACGGUCGUCUCAUGGAGGUCCUGCGAAGCCACAAAAACUACAACGACCUCCUGACAUUUCGCGCCGCGGUCGACAAAAACCUUUUCACAACGGACUCCCGGGGAAACAAGAUCUACACCAACACGCCGCAGGGCGCGGGGAUGGUUGUGUACCGCAACCACCUCUACUUCAAUUGCUACAACACGCGGGACGUGUGCAAGGUGAACUUGGACACCAAUGCCGUGUCCCGUAAGCCCCUUGCCGAGGCCGUGUUCAACAACCGCUUCUCCUACUCCUCCAACACCUGGCAAGACUUUGAUUUUGCCGUCGACGAGAAUGGGCUCUGGUUAAUCUUUUCCACCGAGGCAAGCGGUGGGAACGCGGUGUUGGGCAGGGUCAACGAAACCGACCUCUCGGUGGGAGACGUCGUCAAGACGAAUUUGUACAAGCCAGGCGCGAGCAACGCGUUCAUGGCAUGCGGGAAGCUCUACGCCACUCGUACGGUCAGCACGAGCAAGGAAGAGGUCUUUUACGUGUUCGAUACGAGCACGGGUCGCGAGACGGUGAUGGAAAAGCCGAUAGUGAUGGACAAAAUGGUGGAAGCAGUCCAAAGUUUGAGCUACAAUCCAAUCGACAACAAGCUGUACAUGUACAACGAUGGCUAUCUCGUCACCUAUGAUUUGAUUUUCAAGCAGUAAUAGCUGCAAACCAGAAUAAGUCCAAAUUGGCGAACAUUGAAUUCCCAAUCUUAACAUUUUCUUCACCCCCCCCCCCAUUGACAUUUUAUUCUUAUUUCUUUUUAUUGUUACCAUAGAUCUUCUCGGUAAAAAUGUGCAUUGCAACGGGCUCCGGCCUGGUUUGAUAAAUUCUCUCUCAAUGAAAUCGCACUGACCGACGGCACGAACGCGAUCUCGGGUGGAGGAAACUUGCGACGGGGCGAUCUUGUCACGUGCACGUCACACUCAAACGCGUCGUGCCACAGUUAUUGUCGUCUUGCGAUUGCAGCCGCCCGAAGGCAUUGCCCCCCCCCCACCCCCCCCCCCCCCCCCCCCCCCCCCCCCCCCCCCCCAUUGUAUUGUGCAACCAACAUACGCGAUUGCAUAUUGAUCAGUCAUAAUGGUGUUGAUCUUGCGUGAUACACCGCCACUCCAAGUCUUGGAUCGGCAAGUCCAGUCCUCGGUCUUGAAGCCAGCUCAAGGACAUUCUCAGCCAUCGUCCAUUGACCUUUGGCCUCACGUGUCGAGGGUGUACCAAACUCGUCGCAGGCGGUUCCGCGCGAAGUUUCUGGAUUUUCAUAGAUUGCUUUUUUGAGUGGCUAAAGUCAAAUUGCCGAUUUGAGUGAAUAAAACCAUUU